GAUCCUGUGGGCACUGAAAUCCAACGUACUCAUGCCCAUUUCCUGUAAUGGACAAACUUGAUGCUAAUGUGAGUUCCAACGAGGGUUUCGGGUCCGUGGAGAAGGUCCUGCUGCUCACGUUCCUUGCAGUGGUUAUCCUGAUGGCCAUCCUGGGCAACCUGCUGGUGAUGGUGGCUGUGUGCAGGGACAGACAGCUCAGGAAAAUAAAAACCAACUAUUUCAUUGUGUCUCUUGCCUUUGCCGACCUGCUGGUUUCGGUGCUGGUGAUGCCUUUUGGUGCCAUGGAGCUGGUCCAACACAUCUGGAUUUAUGGGGAAAUGUUUUGCCUGGUCCGGACCUCUUUGGAUGUCCUACUCACCACAGCAUCGAUUUUUCAUCUCUGCUGCAUUUCCCUGGAUAGGUACUAUGCCAUCUGCUGCCAACCCUUGGUUUAUAGAAACAAGAUGACCCCUCUACGCAUUGCAUUAAUGUUGGGAGGCUGCUGGAUCAUUCCCAUGUUUAUAUCUUUUCUCCCCAUAAUGCAAGGCUGGAACAACAUCGGCAUAGUUGAUGUGAUAGAGAAAAGGAAAUUCAGCCACAACUCUAACUCCACAUGGUGUAUCUUCAUGGUCAACAAGCCCUAUGCCAUCACCUGCUCUGUGGUGGCCUUCUACAUCCCGUUUCUCCUCAUGGUGCUGGCCUAUUACCGUAUCUAUGUCACUGCUAAAGAGCAUGCCCAGCAGAUCCAGAUGUUACAACGGGCAGGAGCCACCUCUGAAAACAGGCCCCAGCCAGCUGACCAGCACAGCACACAUCGCAUGCGGACAGAGACCAAGGCAGCCAAGACUUUAUGUGUCAUCAUGGGCUGCUUCUGUUUCUGCUGGGCCCCCUUCUUUGUCACCAAUAUUGUGGACCCCUUCAUAGACUACACUGUCCCGGAGAAGGUGUGGACUGCUUUCCUCUGGCUUGGCUAUAUCAAUUCAGGGUUGAACCCUUUUCUCUAUGCCUUCUUGAAUAAGUCUUUCAGACGUGCCUUCCUCAUCAUCCUCUGCUGUGAUGAUGAACGCUACAAAAGACCCCCCAUUCUGGGCCAGACUGUCCCAUGUUCAACCACAACCAUUAAUGGAUCCACUCAUGUGCUAAGUUUCCCCCUGCUCUUCUGCAAUAGACCUGUUCCCGUCUAACUGAGCGUGCUCUGCAAGGCUGUGUAUACAGUUUUGCACAGUGGUCAUCACCAGGAACUGGAGAAAUUGCCCAUACACAAUGACCCAGAGUCCCUGGAAUCGUGCUUUUGAUUGAAGACAUGGCUUGCUGUUUAGACAUCCAUCUCCAUCUGUGUCUGCAUGAACAGAUUACUCUGGAAUCACUCCUGACCCUGGGCAUCACCAGUGAAGCAUGAAG